UUCACAGCUGUAUCUCACGCACACCCGCAGUCCGAGAGAGAGAGAGCAUGUCGGUGGUGACAGUGCAGCUCGGGCAGUGCGGGAACCAGGUGGGUCAGGAGCUCUUUGACGUGCUGAGCAGCGACGCUCAGCCGGGGCCGCGGAGAGCCGCGUACCCCGCCGCCUGCAGGGAGCGCUUCUUUCGUCACACCGCGCACGGAGAGCUGGUUGCCAGGGCGGUGCUGAUCGACAUGGAGCCCAAAGUGAUCAACCAGAGUGUGGCCAAGGCAGCGAAGGGCGGCCGGUGGCGGUACGGAGACUCCGCCCACUUCAGCCAGAAGCAGGGGUCAGGAAACAACUGGGCCAAUGGGUACUGUGUCCACGGGCCUCGGCACGGAGAGGUGGUGGAGGAGCUGGUGAGGCAGGAGGUGGAGCGCUGCGACCGGCUGGCUGGGCUCAUGCCCAUGAUGAGUGUGGCGGGGGGAACGGGCUCGGGGCUGGGCACCUACGUUACCCAGCGUCUCCGGGACGCCUACCCAACAUCCUUCAUCCUCAACCACCUCACCUGGCCGUAUGGAGCCGGGGAGGUGAUCGUCCAGAACUACAACUCCGUGCUGACGCUGGCUCGUCUCUACCAGCUCUCGGACGCCAUGCUGGUGCACGAGAACGACGUGGUGCACCGGGUCUGCAGCCAGCUGCUCAACAUCAAACACAUCUCGUUCGGCGACGUCAACAGGGUCAUCGCUCACCAGCUGGGCAGCGUCCUGCAGCCGGCGCUCAGCGCCGACUCCCACGGAGUCUACAGCAGAAAUCCUCUGGGAGAGCUGCUGAGCGCCCUGGCCUGCCACCCGGAGUACAAGCUGCUCAGCGUGUGUACGAUCCCCCAGAUGGCCAGCUCCUCCAUUGCGUACAGCACCUUCAGCUGGCCGGCGCUUCUCAAACACCUGAGGCAGAUGCUGGUCUCCAACACCAAGAUGGAGGAAGGUAUCGACUGGCAGGUGCGUCCGCCUCCGGCAUCUGAGCGGACCAGGGGUCUCACAGGCAGCGGCUUCAACACGUCUCUGGCGAACCUGCUCAUCCUGAGAGGCAAAGACGUCUACAGUGCAGACGCAGGCGGUUUUGAGGACCCUUCUCUCUACACCGCCUGGCUUCCCCCAGGAGACGCUUUCAGCUUGUGGAAAUCCCCCGUCCCCUUCAAUAAAUAUGAGAAAUCUGCCACGCUGGUCAGUAACAGCCAGGCUCUGCUCAGACCUCUGGACAGCAUGGUGGCUAAAGCAUGGAACAUGUUUGCUUCCAGGGCGUACAUCCAUCAGUAUAUAAAAUAUGGCAUCUCAGAAGAGGACUUCUUAGACAGCUUCACCUCCCUGGAGCAGGUCGUCUCCAGCUACAGUCAUCUGUGUUAGCAGAGGGAAAACCCACCGGGCGGCUGGAACACAGACAGCAGCGAAGCACAGCUGUGGAAAAACAAGACUGAAGCCUGAAUGGACCUCUGAAAUACUGGGAAAAAUGUGAAUGAAAGAAAGGAUUUGGAAAUGUCUUCAGUGUGACGUCUAUACAGGAAGAGAGGACGAGCAGGAGGAAAAGCUGUGGAUGGUUUUUCCAGCAUACUCUUUUGAUGUUGAUAUUUGAAAAGAAAUUGUGAUGAAACUGUU